AUGUCGACUCAAUACACGACCGAACCACCUCCAACAGCAACGGUCCUUCUUCACACAAGCGCAGGACCUCUGACGAUAUCCCUCUUUGCACAGCAGACACCUCUUACAACCAGGAACUUCCUGCAGCACUGCCUGGAUGGAACCUACAAUGGCACCAUCUUCCACCGUGUAGCGCCUGGCUUUGUGAUUCAAACUGGUGACCCUACAGGAACUGGCGAAGGCGGUACAAACAUAUAUGAAGAUGGAGACAAGAGCCUGGAACGCUACGACGAGACAUGGGCUCGUAUGCUACGUCUACCGGAGGAACGAUAUGGCGAGCGCAUCGUUCUCGGGAACGAGGCGCACAGCCGGCUGAAGUUCAAUAGAAGAGGACUGAUAGGGCUGGCGAGGAUGAGUGAUGAAAAAGGAAAUGCUCAGGGACAGUAUGGGAGUCAGUGGUUCAUUACGCUUGGUGAUUGUCGAGCGGAACUGGAUGGGAAAUGCACAAUGUUUGGGAGGAUAGAAGGAGAUGGUAUAUACAAUGUCAUGAGGAUUGCUGGAGGAGAGGUUGUGGAGGGGGCAGAGAGACCUGUAUAUCCGGAGAAGAUCCUGAACGUGGAGAUACUGGAGAUGCCACAAGGCGAGGCAUGGAGGGCUAUCAGGAAAAGGGAAAGAGUCGCGCAGAGGACAACGACAGAAGAGAAGAGCAAGAAGAAAGAGAAACCAAGUAAGAAGAAGAGUGGAAAGACAUUGUUGAGCUUUGGUGGCGACGCCGGAGACGAGGAAGAAGGUGCAGGUGUCGUGGUCAGGCCCAAGAAAGCAAAGUUCAACACAGCACUCAUCGAUGCAGCUGCUGAGGAAGAACAGGCGCAAGCGAAUGGUAUCACCAACCAUAAGGAGCCUUCUGCCACGAAUUCGAAGAAAAGGAAAAGUCCCGAGUCAGCUCCUACACGAAAGUCACCAGAACCAGAACUAAAGAGAAGCAAACCGUCAUUCCACGAGUCGACGACACAGCUACCUCUUAAGGAUCCAGAAUCACCUUCGCGAUCGCCAACACCAGACAUUCCUCGACAGCGGAGAGCCUCCAACCACAAGUCUGCCACAGCACUUGAAGCUGAGAUUGCAGCUCUCAAGGCUAGCAUGAAGCGCGACACGGCACCAACAGCAGAGCCCAAGAAGAAACUCUCUGCCCUCGAAGCACUGAUUCCUGCGACAAGCACUCGCGGUCGCAAACGGCCACGUCCGGGCGAGACUGGGUCAGAGGAUAGUGCUUCGAUGAAAAUGUUGAACGCAUUUAAAGCUCGGCUGGAAAGUGCAGAUCAGGGAAAAGAAACGUCAAAAGAUUCAGCUGCUACAAAUGGUAACAAACCACAUGCAGAAGAUCGAAUCCCAGAUGCACCUGAUGAGGAAGCAACCUUGUGUGAUCUGCAUUUCAUCGCAAACUGCCAAUCCUGCUCUGAUUGGGCGGGUGACAACAAGGAGGCAGAAGACGUUGAUGACGAAGGUGGAAAAGGUUUCUUGAGUCACAGUUUGACGUUUGAGAAGGAUCGAUUAGGAAAGGAUCUCACGUGGAAGCAGAAGAACGAAGAGGAACUGGUGGUUAUUGAUCCUAGAGAAAGAGAGAAGGAGUUGGGGAGCAAGAAGAAGCACGGCGAUAGGAAUGGUGAUGGCAAAAGUAGGAAUUGGGAUAGGAACCGAGACCGUGACAGAGAUAGGAGAAAGGAUGAGCGGCUUAGAAGUAUUGGGUAG